AUAACUUUGUUUCCGACCAUGCAGAUGCAGACCAACAGAUUCAAAGUAAUAUGUACAGUUUAUAGAACUUUUAAAAACUACAACAGUAUUGGAAAAAAUACGUUUCCAACUAAAAAACAUCGUAUUAUCAGUAGUUACAUGUACAAGUCAUUUCACAGCACUCACAAUUUGGCAGAAGACCAAGUACCAAAAGCCUUAAGAAACACAAAACCAAAAUCUAAAAGAGGCACACUGCAAUAUUUUGUAGAUAUUAAGCAGGUAAGAGUAGAAGGAGGUAAAGGAGGAGAUGGAAACGUAUCUUUUCUUCAAGUGUGGUGUAAUGAUAAAGCUGGUCCAGAUGGCGGGGAUGGUGGUAACGGAGGCCACGUGAUAUUUGAAGUGACACCUGACAUUAAAGAUUUAUCAUCUGUACAAAGUAUUCUUAAAGCUGAUGAUGGAGAAAAUGGUGGUAACAAAGACUGUUUUGGAAAAAGCGCAAGUCACAAAAUAGUAAAAGUUCCAAUGGGAACUAUUGUGAGAGAUGUAGAAGGAAAUAUUUUGGCUGACUUGGAAGAAGAAGGCACCAAAUUUAUAGCAGCCAGAGGUGGUGCAGGUGGUCAUGGCAAUGUUUUUUUUAAAUCUGACGUAAAUAAUACUCCUAAAGUUGCUGAGUAUGGCGCAGAAGGAGAAAGUUAUCAGUACGUUCUAGAGAUCAGAAGUAUGGCUCAUGUUGGAUUGAUUGGGCUUCCUAAUGCAGGUAAAAGUACACUACUUACAGCUAUUACAAGAGCUAGACCAAAGAUUGCUCCCUAUCCGUUCACAACUCUGAAGCCACACAUUGGAAUGAUUCAGUAUGAUGAUUAUGAACAAAUAGCUGUUGCUGACUUACCUGGAUUAAUACCAGACUCACAUAAAAAUAAAGGCCUCGGAAUAACGUUUUUAAAGCAUGCAGAACGUUGUGCUGCAUUACUAUUUAUUAUUGACAUCACUCAUGAUGAACCAUGGACUCAAUUGGAAAUUUUAAAAUAUGAAAUCAGCCAAUUUAAUGAUAAUUUAAAUGAUCGGCCAAAAAUAGUCAUUGCAAAUAAAAUUGACUUACCACAAGCCAAGGAAAAUUUACAAUUACUCCAAGAAAGAAUUGAUGAACCGAUCGUAGCGAUUUCUGCCAAAAUAGGUACCAAUGUCUCUACUUUGUUGAGGGAAAUUAGGAUAUUAUAUGACAAAUAUUUAACAGAAAAUCAAAAAAACGUUGAAUUAGGCGAAACGUAG